AUGGAGAAGGACCGUCAGACUCUGAYGGCGGCUCUGUCUGAGAACAUGCUGACAGUCAACAUGUUACUGAGUGUUUUUUUUCUUCCAGGUCUUGUGGCUGGCUGUACAUCACACCUUCACAUUAGAGCCCCGAAGGAGAUGGAAACACUAAGCGGAUCUUGUUUGCAUAUCCCCUGUACAUUUGAAGCWAUCAAUGGGGAUGCUGUGUUUAACAAUAAGACAGAAAUCAUUGGACUUUGGUUUAGAACUGAUUAUAGCAAGGAAACAAAUAUAGUGUUUGACAGCAGCAAGUCAGUCAACGSCUAUCCAAUGAACAUAACUGGAAUCCUGAAGGAAAAUGACUGCACAACUYUAUUUUCUGAUUUAAAAACCAGCUAUGAAGACAMAUACUAUUUCAGAAUCGUGAACGGACCRUUUAAGRCAACAGCYACUUGUGAACAUGUUCAAAUAAAAGUUAAAGAUUCUGCCUGGGAACCAAGCAUGACUAUUUCAGGUGAUCUAACAAACCUGAAGGAGCAUCAGUCUGUCACUGUAACCUGCUCAGCUUUCACUCCCUGUCCAAACUCACCUCCUGAACUCACCUGGAAUCUCCAACUGAGCUGCUCCAGCAGAGCCAAACCUCCACCCAGAUUCAUCUGGUUCAGGAACAACGAACAAGGAGCCACUAAUGUGUCUUUCGGACCAGUUUACAGCUUCAACGCCACUGAGGGAGGAGAUUAUUACUGUUUGGCUACAAAUUAUCUGGGAAAUCAGACAUCAUCAGUGAGCCUUAGGAUUAAAGGUAUAGUGCACGGACAUCUUUUCUGGCUGUUAAUUGCACUGGCAAUUGGGCUGUUGGUGCUCAUCUGCCUCGUUCUUUAUGUCAGAUGUUUCAAGUCCAAACAGUCAGCUCCUCAACAGACUCAGACUCCAGCUGGUGAGGAGGCUGUGGUACAAACACCGUCUACUGCUGCUGAUGAAGAACUGCAGUACGGAGAAGUGACUUUCUUCAAGAGGAAGCCUGAAGCUUCCUCUACCUCAGAAGAGUACGGCAAACAGGAAGAGACAGUUUAUGCACAUGUGAGAGUGUCCAAGUCAAGAAAGUGCUCAACGCACACCACUGACAGUCCAGAUGAUAUCUAUGCUCAAGUGAAGAAAAAGUAGCUUUUUAUUUAAAAUAAAGUUGGCUAGAGAUAUCUGUUAAAGCUACUUUACUUUGCAUAUUUAUUAUGUGAUAUUUUAUGAUAUUUUUGUGCUGUUGUUUUCUUGCUUUUUUUUCUUUUCUUUUUUGGGCUGUGUGUCUUUUACACCUUGCCUGGCAUUGCGACAGGAAGUCGCCAUAUUUUGUACUUCAACAAAGUA